AUGGGCGUAGCCGUCGAGCUUAUGAAUAAACAACCUGUAGCAAUGCCUAUUGUCCAGCUUAACGGCCCGGUCCUCAGGGUCGAUCACUUCGUCAUACGUAACAAGGGCUUGAGCUUCGCCUUCGCUCUGGAGAGAGUCAUCAACCCCAGUACUGGCGCCGAGAAGACCCUUACGGAAUACGUCGCCAUCUUUACAAGCUAUGCCGUCGACGCGCCAAUGGCGGCUACCUCCCACGAGGAUGGCCCGUCCUACUUCGGCUACGUUGUCCUCUAUCGCGGCGUCCAGGAUGUGGACGAUGACGAGUUGGACGGCAUGGACGACUGA